GGCGGCGAACCGGACAUUCGAACGACGGCUAAGCGUGUGCUUAAUGACUUCCAGCGUGGCAAACUGCCUUAUCUCGUUUUGCCACCUGGAAUGACCUCUGAACAGGUUGCCACAGAAGAGGCCGGUACGCGGGAGUGCUUUAAGACAAGAAAAGACCUAGAGCAAAAGGAACAGAACAGGAGUCAUUUUCCUAAUGUGAUUGUUGCUGACGUGGAAAAUAACAAAGAAGAGGAUAAUGCUAUCCUGAGACAAAAGGACAUUGAUCAUCUAUUUGAUGUUGAUAUUGACAGCAGUGAUGAUGAAGAUGAAGAUGAAGAGGGACGUGAUUGUAAUCAGGAAAUGAAUACAGGAAAACAAUCAGGAGACAAAAUGAAAAUUGCUACUGUAUCUAGUACUUAA